CAGUGACUCGCACCGCCGAACAGAAGGAUGACGAGACCACGCGCUGUCCCGCCGUUCGCUGCAAACACAAGCACAAAGUCAACCAAAUGUCGACGAGCAACCACCAGCACAGGUCCCAUCAUCACAGCAGCCCAUACCACGUUAGCGAUCACAAGGCCGCCAUAACAGUGGGUGUGAUAAUGGGAGUCUUUCUAAUAUGUUGGGUUCCAUUCUUCUGCGUCAACAUCGUGGCAGCUUUUUGUAAAACCUGCAUACCCGAUCUCACAUUUAAGAAAAUUAAUCUAGCUUGGACAGUGCCGAAAGAGAUCAUUUAA